AUGAAACCUGGAAAACCUGCCAACAACCAAGCAGAGAAGACUCCCGUGUAUGAGCCACACAUUCCUGAGCCGACCUGCCGAGCGGAACUCCUGAAGUAUUGGAUAGAUCUGUCUCUGGAUGAAAAGACUGCCAAUAAAAUGCUGUGGAUUUCAGAGGGCGGGUCUAAAGUUUGCCGGAGGACAGAAGAGGUGUGUCCAUAUCUGGACCGCCCAGAGAGAUUCGAGCUGUCUCCACAGGUGCUGUGUAAGGAGUCCGUGUGGGGGGCGCGGGGGUACUGGGAGGUGGAGUACUCCGGCUGGGUGGUGAUCGGCGCCACGUACGAGGGCGUGGGCAGGAAGGGGAGUGACGGACCCUGUGGGCUGGGGGAGAACGAGGAGUCCUGGGCCUUGGGUUGGUCCGGCUCCAGUUACCAUGCCUGGUACAACUGCAUCAGCAAAGAGAUCAGAGGAGUGCCACACAGCCCCGUGUUGGGCCUGUACGUGGACCAGCCGGCGGGACUGAUGAUCUUCUACCUGGUGGAGGGAGGGAAGGAGAGCCGGGGGGAGAGAGAAGUCAGGUUACUCCACCGGAUCCAGGCGGACAUCCAGAAACCGGUCAUCCCUGGCUUCUGGGUAGGGAUCAACUCCUCCUGUGUGCUUCUGAAGAAGGAGUGA